UCAGAUAGUCUGAGCCACUAGGUGGACGGCUGGCUGCUAACUAUGGAGAAGAGAGACUCUGGGGCCUCCUUGAGUUCGCGACUGCUUCUGCUGUUGCUACUACUGAUACCGCCUCCUACCCAUCAGGGAAGGGCCCUGAGACACAUUGACCCUACCCAGAGUGCUCAGGACCCUCCUGCUAAGUACCUCAGCAAUGGCCCAGGACAAGAGCCUGUCACUGUUAUGACCAUUGACCUCACCAAAAUCAGCAAACCCUAUUCCUCCUUUGAGUUUCGAACCUGGGAUCCAGAGGGAGUGAUUUUUUAUGGGGACACCAAUGCUGAAGAUGAUUGGUUCAUGCUGGGACUUCGAGAUGGCCAGCUUGAAGUCCAGCUGCACAAUCUCUGGGCUCGGCUCACAGUAGGCUUUGGCCCUCAGCUGAAUGAUGGGAGAUGGCACCCGGUGGAGCUGAAGAUGAACGGGGAUUCACUGCUGCUGUGGGUGGAUGGAAAAGAGCUGCUAUGCCUGAGACAAAUCUCUGCAUCCCUGGCUGACCAUUCCCAGACCAGCAUGAGGAUUGCACUAGGGGGGCUCCUCCUCCCCACUUCCAAACUUCGCUUUCCGCUUGUCCCUGCCCUGGAUGGCUGCAUACGUCGAGAUAUCUGGCUGGGCCACCAGGCACAGGUCUUAACCUCUGCCCACACUAGCCUUGGAAAUUGUGAUGUGGACGUGCAACCUGGACUAUUCUUCCCUCCAGGGACCCAUGCAGAAUUCAGUCUCCAAGACAUUCCCCAGCCUCACACAGACCCCUGGACCUUUUCUCUGGAGCUAGGAUUUAAGCUGGUGGAUGGCUCAGGACGACUCCUUGCUCUUGGGACAGGAACAAAUUCUUCUUGGCUUACCCUUCACCUCCAAGACCAAAACAUGGUUCUGUCUUCUGAAGCAGAACCUAAACUAGUUUUACCCUUGGACGUGGGACUCUCUCUUCAGCUGAAGCUGGAUCUAUUCAAAGUGGCCUUGAGCCAAGGACCAAAGAUGGAAGUCCUUUCUAUGUCUCUUUUGAGACUUCCCUCCCUCUGGAGACUCUGGUCCCACCCUCAGGGACAUCUCUCCCUAGGGGCUUUACCAGGAGAGGACGCUUCUCCUUCCUUUUGCCUGAGUGACCUUUGGGUACAAGGACAGAGACUGAAUAUAGACCAGGCCCUGAGCAGAAGCCAGGACGUCUGGACUCACAGCUGCCCUCAGAACCCUAACAAUGACACCCGCACCUCCCACUAACCUCUUUUGAGAAACAGGCAUGGUGGCGCACGUCUUUAAA